AUGGUAAAGUUGACUCAUGAAGAUACGCAGCGCAUCAAAACUGCUUUUCUCUCUUAUUCACAGGGUCAACCGAAGGUGACGGAGCAGAUGAUGGACCAACUUAUUUGUGGUGCCAUUCCGGGAAUUUCAUGGGAAGAACUUCAGGCAAAGAAGGGCCCCAAGGCAGCGCAGGGAUAUGACCGCAGCGCGUUCUUUUCAUUGGUUACUUCUGACGACCGGUACGUGCAGUUUAUUGUCGCCAACUUCCCCCCAGCACCUGAAGAGGAAAAGGCGCCGCAGGUCGAUGCAUUGGAAUUGAAAACUGCAAAGGGUUUCUAA